AUGGGAUUGUCGUUUUCAGUACCAGAGGGGAUCAAAAUUCCUUCCAGCUUACAAAACAUAUUUAAAGAGCUGCAUAAAGAUCUAGGGUGUAUUAUACCAUCCCAUGGGAACUUGGAAAGAUGGGCUGUGCAGGGUAUUCUUAUGCUCAAUACCGUGCUAACAGUGAGGGAACACCAAGCCAACUCACAUGCCAAGAAAGGAUGGGAGCAGUUCACUGAUGCUGUCAUUAAGACAGUAUCACAAAAGAAAUCAGGAUUAGUCUUUAUUCUCUGGGGAAACUCGGCUCAAGCGAAGAUAAAAUUGAUUGAUGAAACAAAACAUCACAUUCUAAAAUCUGCUCAUCCGUCAGGCCUUUCUGCAAACAGAGGUUUCUUUGGAUGCAGGCACUUUUCGCAGACGAAUCAGAUCCUGGAGAGGGUUGGGCUAUCCACCAUCGAUUGGCAGCUCUGA